GUCCUGCUGGACAGAGAGAGUGUAUUUCAUGUCAGCUGGAGUCCAGGAUGAAUUUGGCAGCACAGUUUUUUGCUAAGUUUGUGAACGACGGCCAGGAGACGCGGAGGAGCUUUAAUGACAGCGAGGAAUAUGAUCCCUUCUGGCAGAGUGCGGAGCAGCGCAGAGGAUCCUCCAAACCUGACUGCUCCUUCCACAGCGGCCCGUGUGUUAAAGACACCCACAUCGGGAACGGACGCCCGGGCCGCCGCUCCACACUCAUCUGCCCGGAACGCCUGAAGGACUUCGGAGCCGAGGAGUACCUCAAUGGAGACGUGAAGGUGUUCGAGAGCAGCGUUUCAGAACCGCCGGAGGUCCAGUUAAUGUCCACACCUAAACCAGCUGUGAAGAAGAGCAAGACUACAGCCAAAGAUCCUCCCGAACAUCUGCGCCGCUGCCUUCAGACUACAGAUCAGCAGAGGAAGGGUGUGAUCGUGGCCACAGACUCCAGCUUCUCGAGGGCCGUGGCGUUUCACGCGGUGGAGCUGAGGAUCCCGGUGUUCGUCAUCAUGCCGGCGUGCUGCUCUCCUCCUCGUCUGCGCAUGUACAGAGACUACGGUGCUAUGGUUAUUUCCUACGGCAGCACGGCCCUAGACUCCAUCAAUAACGCCAGACACCUGGCCAGAGAGAACGGAUACCUGUGUCUGGAGGAGGACGACAGCGCUGUGUAUCUGGCAGGUCUGGGAUCAGUGGGUCUGGAGAUCUACGAGCAGGUGCCCGAGCUGGACGUGGUCAUCGUUCCUGCAGGUGGACACUGUGAGCUCCUGGUGGGGACCGCAGCUGCCAUCAAACACCUGAACCCUCGCAUCUCUGUCAUAGGUGUAGAACCGGAGGAGUUUCCUCUUCUGCUGCAGUCGCUCAAAACAGACGCUCCCAUUAAAGACCUCCACUGCAACCCCAACAAGAAACUCUACAGAGAUCUGCUGGAUCACUCUCUGAGCACACACUGCUUCCAGCUGGCCAAGAAAACUGUGGACAAAGUCAUUUCUGUCAGGGAGUCGGACGCUCUGGUGGCCAUGCUGCGCUUCCAGGAGUACGAGCACUCGACCGUGGACACAGAAGGAGCUCUGGGCUUGGCUGCAAUCUUAGCUGGACAACUGCCAGAGCUGAAAGGGAAAAGGGUGGCUGUGGUGGUCAGCAGUGCUAACAUGGAGCUGGACCUGCUUCUGCAGUGUGUGGAGCGAGCUCUGGUUCUGGACGACAGAGUCAGUCGCUUCACCGUGCAUCUGGACGACUGGCCCCGAGACAUGGCCAAACUCCUGGACCUGCUGGCCCGAGAGGACGUCAGGUUGCUGGAUGUUUAUCACAGACGGUACAGUGAUAAAGCAGAGCUCUUCAAAGCACAGGUGGAGUGUAUCGUAGAAAUGAGGGACAAAAGUCAGAACACACAGCUGCGCCGGACGCUCUCAGACCGAUACCAUUCACUGCACUGGCUGGAGCGGUGACCACACACACACACACACACACACACACACACUCUCACACACACACACACACACACACACACACUCACACACACACAGACACACUCACACAUACUCACACACACUCACACACACAGACACAC